CGCCAGCCCUGCCUCAGCCUCUCGCCCAAGGCGACGAUUCUGGCAUUGACCAGGACGGGACUGAUGCCUCUUUGCCGAGAUCUCCAGAUUUGUCGUCCAGGUCUGGCGCGUGGGCGAUCGGAAAUCCACGGCCUCCCCUGCCCCUCGCCGACCUACGGAUUUUGAGCAAGGCUCUCAGCCCACCCACUCGCCCUACGAGUUCGAUCCAUCAUCAGAUUUGGGCACAUCGAUCGGCCACCAUGGCGCCGCCCAACGGAUCCGUCAGGUCUCGCAGGCCUGUUGUUGUCAGCAGCAAGCAGAUGCCCAAGCCCGUCAUCCCCGCGAUUCCUCUGCCGUACGUCAAACGCCAGGCUGCGGCCGCAGCAGCAGCAGCUCCCGUGAUCAGCAACGUCAAGUCGGACGACAGUCCUCGAAACGGCUCUCUCGAAGUGCGGCCCCACGAAAUGAACCAGUCUUCACCCACUCUGAUUGCAGACACGCCCCAUGCCAGCGAGUCCCUUUCGGCUGGCAGCCCAGAAUUGAAGUCUGCCGUUAAGAGCAUCGGUACUUCUGAUACAGCCAAAGAAGUCGUGAUUGCCAGCAGCAAGCCCGUUGCACCUGUCGGCCGAGCUACUGGCAAGGAUAAGACCUCGACAAAUUACGCUGUGCAGCCGACAAAUGUAGAAGCUUCUGCCCCGAUCGCACAUGAAGCCUCUUCUGAGAUGCAGGCCAAGUUCCACAAUCUUGGGAUAGGUGCUGUCCAGGAUGAGCCUAGGCAGCGACCAGCUCAAUACCCCCCAGUCAAGCUUGUCUCCUCUCAGCCUCCUCCGCCCGUAUCCCCAACUCGAUACCAGAUGCCGCCGCCCUUCCAACCAGCUCAUCGUCCGAUGGGCAUCGUGGCGAACGGGGACCUAUCUCAUGGGCCCAGGCCUCCUCUGCCGAAUGGCCCACCUCCCAUGCAUCAAGCCCAUGCAAGCAACGGCAGCAUUCACUUUGGAGCCUUCCAUGAUUCCCAAAGCUCCUCGCCGGCGCCUCCGCACUCCGGAGGCAUUGCACCACCGCCGGGGAUGCCAAUGCCGGAUGGACGGCCACACCCCAUGAUGCCUCACAAUGGAAAUGGGUUCCCACCCAUGGUGCCAUACGGGGCAGACAUGAUGGCUGUUGCUAACUUCGACGGCUAUGGCCGACCAAUGGCUUAUGCACCAAUGGACUCAUACCAUCCGUAUGGUAAUACCCUGGGACCAUCGACACCACAUAGUUUUCACGACUCCCAAUCUUCGGCUCACCCAGAAGAGACGGCCAUGUAUAACCAGUAUCGUCCUGGAGCUAUGCAUAAUGGUGUUGGGCCUGGCGACGAGGCUCAAGGCCAAAGCCACCGAGGGGGAAUGUAUGGGUUGCCAGACUACCCCCGCAUGAUGCCCAACCCAGGCCUGCCUCCCCCCAUGGCCCAGGGUGACAAUGCUGAUGGAUUCAUUGGAUACUUGCAGCAGCAAUUCGCGUCUCCUGAGAUGGCGGAUUGCACUCUGGAACUUCGGUACACUGAUGACAGGGCAGCACCUGUGCGGAUCCCUGGCCACCGACUGAUCUUCGCUCGCAGCGCCCAGCUUUUCAAUCUCCUACAGAAGCAGACUUUCCAGGCGUCCCCUAGCGAUAGAUCCCUGCAAAUCCUUCUUCUUGAGACGGGCAGCAAGUGGAUCCGCUCGGAUUCAUUCUACAUGGCAGUUCAGCGCCUCUAUGGAUUGCCAUUGCUUCAUGCUCCUCCUCGUCGCGUUGGCAUGGAAUCAGGUGAUGUGACGGCCGCCGGAUCGGUGAAUGAACAGAUUGACUUUGCAAUCUCGUAUGCUGCUGCUGGCCACCUCUUUGAUUGGACCCCGAUUGUCCGACGCGGUUGUGAGGUGGCUACCCAUCUCUUGACCUGGGAGACUUUGGAGCGAGUGUUGGAAUUUGCGCUGGAUGGAUAUCGGGACAAGGGCUCUCACGAAAUCUACCAGUAUGGCGACGGAUCACAAAUCCUCCUCAAUGCCGUUGUCACCUUCCUGGUUCACAAUUUCCCCUCGCACUUCAACUUCGAUACCGAAGCCAUGGAAUUUGUUCCAUAUGGCAGGCUGCCUAUCAACCCCCCACCUUUGUCCAAAGACGCUCUUGACAACGAGAUGCUCCCAGCAUCUGCUGAGGGAUCGAUUGUGCAAUUGGGUAAGGGACGCCGCCCUCAGAAGCUUAAUGGCAUCCAGUUCGGCGAUUUAUCCUUCUCGGAAGCUAAGAGCUUGGCCGACGCACACACACCCAAAGCCACCCGCGCUGCUCAGCCGGCAUCGUUUUCGAUUCUGUCCCGCAUCCUUGUUGAGAUCCCGUUUACCCAGCUCAAGAUGAUACUGGAGUCUUCCGGAUCAGGCAACGUCAACGGCUGGGCGAAUGCGGAAUCUCGCUAUCGCAUCAUUAAGAUUGCCGUUGAGGAACGUGAAGCACGCCGCCGUAGGGUCUUGGACGCCGUUUUGUCCGGCCGAGUUCCCGAUGCAGAGGCGAUCCGAGCGGGCCUCUGCAGCCCCGAGCCGAGGGAUUUGGGCUGGUGGACCGCCCUGGGAUGGCAGGAAGAGAUGCUACCCUAUGGCAACCCGGAUGGCCCUACCUUGGCACGCAAAUGGGUUCCAUUGAUGGAAGCCCAGAACGGUUCCAUGUCCAACGUCGCCGAGUAUCCAUGAUGGCUAUUCUGUGAAGUUUGAUGAUUAACGACUCCUCUCGCAAUGAGUUGACGAGCCCUACACUGAGCAUUUGCAUUACAGUUCUCUCAAAAAGUUAUUCGGUUGGGCAUAUUGCCUUGCAAAAGAGCCUCGGGCUCCUUUUCUUCUUCUUUUUGAAAAUUGGCGUGCAUUGGUGUCUUUUUGCAACACGAAAAUUGCCGGCGGAUUGAUUUUGUUUCUGCGGAGAGGCUGCUUUUGGGUUGGAUUGGAAGGGAGGAUUAUGGGAUGACGACGCCAAAUCAUACAUAAAAUGCAAUCGCGCGAGCAUAUCUUUUGUGGUCGUGCUAUUCCCACUGGAAACACCGGACGUACAGGCAUGCGCGGAGCACUCCUAACAGACGGUCUCACUUUGACGGAGUUUGGAGAUGGAUGUCGAUUGCAAGACUGCCCCCUGAAGGAGAUGGCUCACUCCAGCUGCCUCCUUUGAAGCGUCUCGCGUAAGUACCCUUGGGCAUGAAGGAGGAAUAUUAAGCGGGGUGUAGAAAACGGAAAGGAACUGGCGGAACGGAACAUUGGUAUUAAAAAGAAAAUUGCCCCCUGAUUGGAGGCAUAUAUGAUGAACGCUUUGAUG